AUAGCGAGAGAGGGCCAAGACCGUUCCAUUUGGGUAUUCAAAGUCCUCCAUGCCGACUCCAUCUCCUCUAUGUCUUCCAUGGCGGAACCCCAAAAGAAAACCCACAAAACCAGUCGCUUUCUAGCUUGUUUUGGGUUUUCAUGCAAGAAAACCCCACCGAAAAAGCCCAUCCAAACCGGUAGCAAAAACACACCGUCGCUCUCUUUCCCGAUGCUUUGUUUUAGACCCGGGAAGUCCCGGACCAAAACCGUUCCCGUCGAUAACUCCGACAAGACAGACACCGGCGGCGAAAGCCAUACAUCGUCGAAGCUGAGCAAGAAGAAAUCGGAUAUCAAGCUUAUCCCUUCACGUCAAAAUUCAAAACCUGAUCCGCAACUCUCGUUCCCCAAUCAAGCUUCGAGAACGAGACCUAAAGAGGGACCUGAACCGAAUAUUCUCCUCGGGAACAAGAAACUUUCGGACCCGACAAGAACCGGUUCAAGCCUGCCGGGUUCACCGACAGUCAAGCCCAAAAUCAACCCGAAAACACAGUCCAAGUUAUCCCACACGGUUUCGUUACCGGUCCUAGAAGGCAACCAACGGGUGGGGAAUCCCCGGAAACAUGAUCGGGUCAAUUCAAAACAGCACCAACGGAAAAACAAUGGGGUGGUCGGAAAAUUGGACUCCGCCAUGGGUUUGUCCAUUAUAAUGGUGACUUUGGUAAUAAUGUUAGUUUGGGGUCGAUUAUGUGCCAUCCUUUGUACCUCGGCUUGGUUUUAUUUUCGGUCUCGUUAUCGAACCAUUAAUAACGAUAACGAUAUUGAAUCUAUGGCGAGUUCAAAUGAAUCAGAUUUGAAUUCCAAAGAAUACAAAAAGAAAAUAGUGUUGGAAGGAUUGUUGGAAAGGAAUCACAGGGUUGGGUUAUGAAACUUUUGUACAGGAAUAUUUUUUUAUAUUUACGAUGUGCACGUUAGAUGUAACUAUAUGUGUUUUGCUAAAGUGAACCUGUUGGCCAUUUUGUGUAAAAUAGAACUGAAAAAAGGGUUAAUGUAUCCUAGAAUCAUAGUUCAGUUUGGUUUAAUUUAUUCUACCAAGCCAUGUACUCUUUGAAAUUUUGUAAUUUAAUUUAUCGAAUUUUAAGUUAAAUUGGUUA